AUGGCUGAAAACGAUACCCAUGAGCAACAACAAGAAACUAGUCUAACGUCAAUAACAAGACAUAAACGACGACAUUUUUCGCAAGCACCAAUAUCUUCAAAUGAUUUAAUUCCUAAGCAAUUAUCUGGAGAUCAUAUACCAAUCGGUGCUGUAAGAAAGAGACGGACUUUAUCUGAACAAGUCAAUCAAUAUGAUCGUGUAAUGCAAGCUAAUGCUAGUCCAACAUUAGCUGCUGCUGCCAGUCCAGCAUUACAUAAAGAUCAUUGGCAGCAAAGGCGUUAUACUUUUUUAAGUAAAAAUAGCAUGUUUGGUGGAGAAUUAAAAGACGAAGUUGUUAAUGAACAUGGUACCGAUGUUGAACAAAAACCUAUUAUUGAUAUACCUCAAAUUACAACAUCAAUGAGUAUGGAAUCCGAUGGAUCAAGUAUAAAGCGUGAAACAAUUUUGAGUCGAGCUGUAACUGGUGUUCGUAAUUUACUUGUUGAAGAUGAUGAAGAUGAACAAUCAAAUGGAACUAAUCUAUGUUUAAAAAAUAUUGUUUUGACAAAACCAGAUACAAAUGAACGAAUUGAAUUUGAUGAGAAUGAUAGUGGUACUCCACGUCCUUGUAAUCAAUGUACACAAACGGAUAAUGAUCUUUCUUCAACUCCAAGAAAGAACGUUACAUCACAUAUUAAAGAUCAACCAUUGAAAAACGUAUUCUUUCAACUUUCCUGUAAACAUCAUCAAUCAAAAAGAUUAGCUGAAAUUCAACAAUCAUAUCGUCCUUAUUUUACAUAUUGGGUAACAUUUGUACAAAUUCUUGUUUGUAUUGUUUCAUUAAUUGUAUAUGGUUAUGCUCCAUUAACAUCAAUACAAUCUAAUAAUACUUCAAUUUUUAGUCAACAACAAUAUGAUUUAACAAUGAAUAUAUGGUUUGGUCCAUAUCCAGCUGAUUUAAUUCGUUUAGGUGCAAAAUAUACUCCAUGUAUGCGUCGACAUGAUGAAGUUAAUAAUCGAUAUGAAAAACAAGCAAGAUUAGAAACAAUGUCUGGUUGUUGUAUAGAUUCAACAACAGGUCGUUGUAUGCAAACACUUUCACAACAAUGUCUACCACGAGCUGGUUUAACAUGGUAUCGAACGUCAUUGAAAAGUGAAAAUUUAACGGAAAAAAACAAUGUUAUCUAUCCAGCUGUAUGUGGGCUUACACCAGAAACUUGCACGAAAAAGUUAGUUGGAAAUGUACGACGAGAAGAUGAAAGUUCAUGGACAUUGACAGUGGUUGAUUCUAAAGUCUUUAAAUGGUCACCAAAUGCUGUUAAAUGGCCAAUUUGCCUUGAACAAGAUUAUAAUCGAAUAUCAAAUAAUAUAUCUUUAUAUCCACAUAUGCAAUGUACAAAUAUAGCAAGACCUUGUUGUACAGGUGUACUUGGGGAUUGCAUUUUAACAUCAAGAGAUGAUUGUCGACGUCGACGUGGUAUUUUUCAUCCACGAGCUCAUUUAUGUUCUCAAGUUGAUUGCAUACAAAGUGUAUGUGGGAUGCUAGAAUUUUUCGUUGUUCGUGUACCUGAUCAAGUUUAUCGUUUUUGGACUGUGAUUUUUAUUCAUGCUGGUUUAAUUCAUUUGUUAAUAACAAUUAUAUUUCAAUAUACAAUAAUGCGUCCAUUAGAAAAACUAGCCGGUUGUAUACGAGUAAUGAUUAUAUAUAUUGUAUCCGGUUUUGUUGGAAGUUUAGCUAGUGCAUUAAUUUUACGCGAUUCAAUACAAGUUGGACCUGGUGGUGGUCAAUUAGCUAUACUUGCUUGUUAUUUAAGUGAAUUAUUUCUUGGUUGGCGUUCAUUAAAACGUCCUUGGAUACCAUUUAUUAAAAUUAUUAUAUGUUUAUUUAUUUUAUUAACUGUUGGCUUAUUACCAUUAGUUGAUAAUUAUUCACAAUGUUUUGGUUUUCUUAUUGGUUUUAUGUUAAAUAUGAUUGUUUUUCCAGAUGUUAAUUUUCGAAAAAAUGUUCGUCGUCUUGUUGUUGUUACAACAUCAUUAGCAAUAACUAUUGCUUUAUUUAUUUCAUUAAUUGUACUUUUUUAUACAAUACCAUUUAAAUGUAAAUCAUGUAGAUUAUUUAGUUGUCCAUUUGGAAAAAUAUGUGGCAAUGAAAAAUCUGAUUUGAUCUAA